UUUGUGUUUUCCUCCAGGACGGCUCAUGCCAGGACAAAAAGCGAAGCUGCAGAUCAGGCCGCCAUCUCUGCCGUGCACGACUCAGAAAUCGCCCGAGCCGUCGCCAGGGAGCUCGCCCCGAACUUCUACCAACCAGGGCCUGACUACAUCAAACAGCCUCAGAAGGAGCCAGUGGAGAUUAAAGAGGUCCCUGUUGAAAAGACGGAGAAAGCCAACAAAGAUUCUCCCCAAUUCUACCGAAAGGGCACGACUCCCCCUCGUUCCCCCGUGGCAAAUGCCGUGGUCACGCCUCCCCCCUCGCCUCACUCCAGCAAGAAGAAGAAGGAUCAGCUUCCCAACAGCAGCAGCAGCCGCAAAACCAGCAAGGAGGAGAAACCCUCCCGAAAAACCAGCAAGGAGGAGAAACCCUCGCAUAAAACAAGCAAGGAGGAGAAGACGAAGUCAGGCAGGAAGUUGAGUAAAGAGGAAAGGGUCCCUGUUGCUGAGGCUCCCCCAAAACCUGCUAAAUCUCAGCCUCCACCUGCAUCUGCAUCUCCUCCUCCUUCAGUCCCUGUUAAUGGAGAGGUCCAUAGUGAGUACCACAGCUACUACGUCAAAGCCCCAACGAGGGUCCGUCCACCCCCAGACCCCGAGGAGGAUAGAGAAGAAGAGCCAACCAUCCUGGAUCUGGCACGAAUGCCCCCACAGCCCCCAAAAUCCUACAGCAUCACUCCGAAACCUUCUCUACGGGAGAACAAGAGCGACCCCAAACUCAGGAAGCAGGAUUCCCUAAAGCCAAAGAGCCUCGCAGACGCAAAGAAAGCCAGCAUGGAGAUCGCAGACAGCAUGGAGGAGACAGGUCCUAACUCGGUGCUUGUUGCUAUGGUUAUGCUGCUGAAUAUUGGCCUUGCAAUUAUAUUUGUCCAUUUUCUGACAUGAUGAUGCUGUUUCUCAGUGAAACCUUCGCGACCGGUACAGUUGCAUCGCCGGCCUUGAAAAAAGAAAAUGGCGCCCAGUGAGACACGGGGUGGCGGCCGUAGGAGAAUCAGGAAGUGAAGGUGAAGGCCCCCCCCAAAAAACACCACCCUGUCAGGGGCCUUUUCUUCGGGGGCCACACCUGUCGAUUAGCAGCUCCUCCUGGGGGGGAAAUGUCGUGUCUAGUGAGAUGAUAAAUAAAAAUAAAAAAAGUUUAAAAAUGCAAAACCACACAGUGUGGGAAACGGACGGUCGCAGGAGUGUGGAGAUGCACUUUGAAAUAUGACAGGAGCAAACAGCUGCCUUUCUAUUUUACCAUCUGACGUUUUGAUGAGGAGAUGUGAGAAGGCGACCCUUUUGGGGGGGGCAUCGCUGAGGGAGGGGCUCGUUUUCUGGGGUUACACCAAAUCCUGCACGAGGAAACUGCUCCACGGUCACUCAGUCUUACUCUGUUCACACAACUCCCUCCACCGUUACCCAGGAUGCACUGCUCUGAAACCUCCCCGUGCAUGGUACAGUUUUAACAUCUCGUUUCUUUUCUUUUUGAUUGUUGUUGAAUGUUGCUAGUAGUUGAAAAAGGAACAUUUCUCCCCACUCUCAUUUAGUUUUCCCCCUUUUUCGUUUUAUUAAGUUGUAAUUUGACAUUACACGUUACUGAAAGUGCAAUAUGUUUUAUUUUUUCAAAGAAAAGCUUAUAGUAUAUUUUGCCAAAAGGAAAAAAGAAGGGGGGGGUAAAGUAAUAUAUUAAAGAAAAUCCUUAUUUUCCAUUUAUUUUGUCAGACUCUCAUCAUUUAAAUUCUCUGGUUUUGAGCCGGUUGUGUUGAGGAAGGAGGUUUAAAAGCUACGUAGCUCUGAGAGAGUGAAGUAACAAAUGUCUUAUGUUAUUUAUUAAACCAGAAGGAAGGAAAUGAAGCAGUUUGAGUUCCUCUGUUCUUUUCGUUUUGCUUUGAAUGUCUCCACUAAAAUGCAAAGACUGGGUGGGUCGGAUGGAUCAGGAAGUUGGGUUUAUUCAGGUCGAGGCCAUGGGGAAUGUGGCGCCAGGGAGAGAUGCCUUUAAAAAGUCUUUAACAGAACUUCUGUUUACCUCAGAAAGAGAUGAGGAAGGGGGAGGGGAAGAGAUGCCGUCCUUGUCUUAACUUUGUCGUCGUGCGGGGGAUAUUCGACUGUUGUCAUCGCCUGACUCACGCUUUAGAGCCUCUGUUAGUAGUGUUUGUUGCAGAAAUGGCAUGAGUUUCUUUGAUUUAAAAAAAAGUGGUUAUUUAUAUGCAUUUUUCUGUCAUCACGACCGAGGUUGAUUAUUUAUUCAAUGUACAAUCGAUGGUCAUCAUUUAAAAACAAAAAGGGCUUUCUAUGGUUUUAUUUGCUGCACACAUCACAUAUGGAGUAGCGUCAGAUAUUAGCAAACAAUAUAUUAAAAUGUGGACAUCAACGCAGACCAGGACACUAAAUUAUUUAAGAUUUUACGACAAAAUGUGAUGCAUUUUUCACCCUCCUUUUGCCACGCCCUCUUUUCUUGUUUUAACGUCUUCACCAGAGCGCGGUGGAGCUUCGGAGGGUUUAACAGAACAGUGUAUGGGAUAUUUUUGGAAAUGCAGCAUUGCAUGUUGGAGUCAUUUAUAUAUAGAUUAUUAUAUACUAUUUGUAAGGAUUUUUACAGAGCACAAUCCAGAAUCUGGUAUAUGAGUUGGUAUUUUUCUAACAAUUUGCACACCUGUAUUUUGACAAUGAAUAUAACUUGUUUGUAAUUGGUAAUGUAAUGCACAUAUGAUAAUGUUUGACAGUGGAUAAAAAAAUACUUUAUUUCUAAUUGGUUGUACUGUAUGUACCAUUUUGGGGAUGUGAAAGGCAGAUGUAUUGUUUGAGUAUUUUCGGAAAUGACGAGGAACUGCGGGAGACUUUUGAUAUCUCAAGGUUCAUGUUACCCCACUGAUUUGUGCAAAGUCUUUGGAGAUGAAGUUAUGUGUAUAACAAUAAAGUUGUUAUGCCUUGUUAAAA